GCUGAACGUCCGGACGGCCUCCCACGUGACUGAGUGGCGCUUUCUGCGCUCGCAAUAGGUCCCUUCCUUGGCCAAUGGGAAUCGUCCUCCCUUGUCCUGUUUCUCCAUUCUUUAUUAGAGCAGCCUUUCUCCCCUCCAGGUGGGAAUUGGAGCAGCCCUCAUCCCUUUUCACCAUGCCUGCAGGAGUACCUUGGCCUCGCUACUUGAAAAUGCUGACUGCAAGUAUGUUGGCCAUGUUUGCUGGCGCGGAGGUUGUCCAUCAAUAUUACCGCCCUGAUCUUACAAUACCUGAAGUUCCUCCCAAACCUGGAGAGCUCAGAACAGAACUCUUGGGUCUCAAAGGAAAAAAACAGCAGGUCCAACCUUCACAACAGUGACUAUGAUGGUGUUGCAUCUCUCCACAAAAUACAUUAUUUCUCAGUUGAAUGCAUACAACUAGACAAUGAUUUCUGGAUGUCCAGAAAUCAUUUACCUAGAGCUAUUAGCCUUAGGUACACUUCCAUGCUUUAAUUAAAUGUGAAUAUAUUUUCUGGA